AUGAAUUUCAAAUCAGCAAGCUUGAAUCCAAUUGAAUAUAAAUAUGGUCCCCGAUCUGUCGCCAUCGGUAACUUCAACGAUGAUACUUGGCCAGAUAUUGCUGUUGCCAAUUAUGCUGCUGGCAAUAUAGCUAUAUAUUUUGGAUAUGGCAAUGGCACUGUGGCAAGUCCAGUGAAGUAUUCAGUCAGUUCUGGCUCUGCACCAUACAUGAUUGCUGUUGGUGAUUUCAAUAACGAUCGUCGACUGGAUAUCGUCGUCGCUAAUUUUGGUACAAACAGCAUCGAUGUACUUUUUGGACUCCAAAAUGGAUCUUUUGAGAACCUAACAGUUCUAUCAACUGCUUCAUCUCGUCCAGUUUGGAUUCAUGUAGCAGAUCUGAACAAUGAUGAAGCAUUAGAUCUUGUCACUGCUAACUAUGGCACACACAACGUAGGGAUAUUUUAUGGAUAUGGAAAUGGAAGCUUCUCAAAACCAAGCACGUACUUUACAGGCUAUGACUCUCUUCCAUGUGCGGUUGUCAGUUGUGAUUUUAACAAUGACGAACAAAUAGAUCUUGCUAUUGCCAAUUAUGGUACAAACACCGUAGGUAUACUGCUUGGAACUGAGAACGGUACUUUCGCAAAUCAAAUCACGAUUUCAACUGGUCCUGAUUCUCAUCCAUACUCAAUUGCUAUUGGUCAUUUAAACGACGAUACCUUGUUUGACAUCGCUGUCACCAACUAUGGAACUAACAAUGUAGGUGUACUUCUGGGUCACGGUAAUGGAACUUUUAUAAGACAAAUGACAUAUUCACUCGGAGCUGCUUCUCCAUAUUCGAUUGGCGUCGGUGACUUCAACAAGGACAACAGAACGGAUUUGGUCGUCACAAAUAAUGGCACUAACAAUAUAGUUGUCGUUUUUGGAUCUCAAAAUGGUUCUUUUGAAAGUUUAACACCGUAUUCAACUGGAUCUUCUUCUACAAUCUGUGUUGCCGUAGGUGACCUUAACACAGACAAUUACUUAGACGUUAUCGUCAUCAACAACGACACCAGCAGCAUAGGUAUCUUGCUUGGUUAUAAUGAGGUUGCUUUUGAAAAUCAAUCGACAUAUUCAACUGGUUCUUUGCCAAUCUUUGUUGCUGUUGGUGAUUUUAACAAUGACAACCGAUUAGAUAUCGUUUCUACUAAUUUGGGUGACAACACUGUAAGUUUACUUCUCGGGUAUCGCAAUGGCUCUUUUGGAAAACAAAUGAAAUAUUCAACUGGCACUGGCCCAAACUCUGUAGCUUUGGGAGAUUUUAAUAACGACACCCAACUGGAUAUCGUGAUUGCUAAUUCGGGUGACAACACUGUAAGUUUACUUCUCGGGUAUGGCAAUGGCUCCUUUGCAGAUCAGAAGCCGUAUUUUACUGGUCAUGCGCCAACCUCUGUAACUGUUGGUGAUUUUAAUAAUGACUCCAGAAUGGAUAUCGUCGUCACCAAUACGGAGGACAACACUAUAAGUGUGCUUCUCGGUUAUGGCAAUGGCUCUUUUACAAAACAAGUCACAUAUGCAACUGACUCUAGUCCAGGCUCGGUUGCCGUUGGUGAUUUUAAUAACGACACCCGAUUAGAUAUUGUCACUGCUAAUGAGUGGGGUGGCAAUAUAAGUAUAUUUCUCGGGUACGGCAAUGGCUCCUUCGCAGAACAAACGACAUAUUCAACUGGCCGUUAUCCCAUAUCUGUUACUGUUGGCGAUUUUAACAACGACACCCGAUUGGAUAUCGUCGUUAUUAAUGCGUUGGAUGGCACUGUAAGUAUUCUUCUCGGAUAUGGCAACGGCUCUUUUAAAAAUCAAACAAUAUAUUCAACUGGCCCUCAUCGAUACUCUAUAGCUGUUGGUGAUUUUAACUACGACACCCGAUUGGAUCUUGUCAUAACUAAUGGGGAGGACAGUACUGUAAGUGUUCUUCUCGGAUAUGGCAAUGGCUCGUUUGCACAUCCAACGAUGUAUCCGGCAGGCUCUUGGCCAUUGUCCGUAGCUGUUGGUGACUUUAACAAUGACACACGUUUGGAUAUUGUUGUCACUAAUUAUCAGGACAACGACGUUAGUGUUCUGCUUCGUUAUGACAGGGGUGCUUUAGCAAAGGAAAUUGCAUUUGCAUCUGACAUUGGUUCUCGUUUGCAAAGUGUUGCUGUUUUCGAUCUCAAUAACGAUACGUUGUUGGAUAUCGUGGUUGCUAAUUAUGGUACAAAUAGCUUGGGUGUUGUUUUUGGACAUGGGAAUGGUACUUUUGGAAAUCAAAUAAAGUUCUCAAUGGGAUUAAAUUCUCAUCCUUACUCGGUCACUAUUGGUGACUUUAAUAAAGAUGAUCAAGUGGAUAUCGCAGUAGCGAACUAUGGUACUAAAGAUGUUGCGUUUUUGCUGGGGAGCGGGAACGGAACAUUUGAAACUGCAGUAAGUUACGGAGUAAAUUUCAAUUUCACUCCAUUGGUUGUUGUUGCUGGUGAUUUCAACAAUGAUGGACGUUCAGAAAUUGCUGUUGCAUAUGAUGACACUGACAAUGUAGAUCUACUUGGUGCAUAUGAUGUAGGGUCUUUUGCAAAACAAAUGAAAUAUUCAAUUGGUUCUAGUCCAAUUUCUGUAGCCGUUGGUGAUUUUAACAACGACACUCGAUUGGAUAUCAUUGCUACUAAUGAGAAUGACAACACUGUAAAUGUACUUCUCGGAUAUGGUAACAGCUCUUUUGAAAAACAAACAAAUUAUUCAGUUGGCUCUUUGCCAAAAGGUGUGGCUGUUGGUGAUUUUAACAACGACACUCGAUUGGAUAUCAUCACUGCUAAUUAUAUGAAUCACAGUGUAAGUGUCCUUCUUGGAUACGGGAAUGGCUCUUUUGAACAUCAAAGAACAUAUUCAACUGGAUCUUUUCCAAUCUCUGUAGCUGUUGGGGAUUUUAACGGGGACACCCGAAUGGAUAUUGCCGUCACCAAUACGGGGGACAGCACUGUAAGUGUCCUUCUCGGACACGGGAACGGCUCUUUUGCACCUCAAAUGAAGCACUCAACAGGAUCUAGGCCCAACUUUGUAGCUGUUGGUGAUUUUAACGACGAUACUCGAUUGGAUAUCGUUGUUACUAAUGGGGAUGACAACACUGUUAGUAUACUUCUCGGAUACGGAAAUGGCUCUUAUGAACAUCAAAGAACAUAUUCAACUGGAUCUUAUCCAAUCUCUGUAGCUGUUGGUGACUUUAACAAUGAUAUUCGAUCGGAUAUCGUCGUUACUAAUGCGAAUGACAACACUGUUAGUGUCCUUCAUGGAUGUGGUAAUGGCUCUUUUGUGUAUCAAGCGACGUAUUCAACAGGCUCAAGACCAGUUUUUGUGGCUAUUGGUGAUUUUAACAACGAUACUCGAUUGGAUAUUGUCAUUGCUAAUGUGUUGGAUAGCACUGUAAGUGUGCUUUUUGGAUAUGACAAUGGGUCUUUUGCACAUCAAAGAACGCAUUCAACAGGCUUUAAUCCAACCUCUGUAGCUAUUGGGGAUUUUAACAACGACAAACGAUUGGAUAUCGUCGUUGCUAACAAUCGAGAUUACACGGCAAGUGUACUUCUCGGAUAUAGCAAUCACAUUUUUGAAAAAAAAACGACACUCAUAACUGGCAAUGGGUCUCGACCAAGAUCAUUCGCUAUUGGAGAUUUUAACAAUGACAGUGAAAUAGACAUUGCGGUCGCAAAUUCUGGUACUCACAACGUGGGUGUUUUUCUGGGAUAUGGAAAUUAUUUCUUCACAAGUCAAACGAUAUUUUUAACUGACUCUACUCCAACCUCUAUUGCAGUCGGCGAUUUCAAUAAAGAUACCAUACUGGAUAUUGUGGUUGCUAAUCAUGGUAAUGACAAUGUUGGUGUACUUCUUGGAAUCGGUAAUGGAUCGUUUUUAAACCAAACAACGUUUACGACUGGUUAUAAGUCUGAGCCUAUUUCAGUUGCUGUUGGAGAUUUCAACAAUGACACAUUAGCAGACAUUAUCGUCGCCAAUUAUGGAACCAACCAGGUAGGCGUGUUGCUUGGAUAUGGUAAUGGAUCAUUCGCAGAUGUUGAGUUCUUUUCGACCAGUUAUGGAUCUCUUCCGUUCUCACUUUCCGUUGGUGAUUUUAAUAAUGACGGCAAGCUGGAUUUUGCAGUCGCCAACGAAGGCCCUGACAAUUUAAAAAUUUUCUUACAGACUUGUUAA